CCUACACGGAAGCAGCAAUCCGCAUGAGAAAAAAGGCUGUGUCGCCUCGCCUCUGCGCUUUUCGUCCAUUGUGAGAUUCUGUAACAUUUUCAUUGUCAUGGAUAGUCCGGCGAAGAUGAUGGCUCAUGGCCAAGGUGAAAUGAUGAUGCAGUCACCGCCACAGCCAAACGCCGCUGAAAGUUUAGUUAACGUGCUUCAAACAGAAAUUGAGAAGCUGGACAAGUCUUUUAAGAAUGCACACCGGCUUCUUACAGAGGAAAUCAAAAAUGCGAAGAUCGGCAAGCUGGCGCGGCCAGGGGACGCGGCGCAGCCGGAGCAGCAGCAGAUGAAGGAUUUCAUUGACCUGGAAGAUGAGAAGCCCAUCAAAGUGCGCGUCAUGGUGCGAAUACCCGUGAAAAAGUAUCCGAAGUACAACUUUGUCGGCAAACUGCUUGGACCAGGAGGAAAGACACUGCAGCAGCUGCAGGAGGAUACAUUCACAAAGAUGGCCAUCCUUGGCAAGGGUGUUAUGCGAGACAAGCAGAAGGAGCACGAGCAGCUGAUGAGCAGCGACCCGAAGUACGCUCACCUGAAGCUGGAGCCUCACGUCGUCGUCGACGCCUACGCCGCACCGAGCGACGCGCACGCUCGCAUCGGCCACGCCCUCGCCGAGCUCAAGAAGUUCAUGGUGCCGGACCAGUCUUAUGACCAGAUGCAGCAGAUGUCCGAGAUGAAUGGCGGACCGCAGCCCCUGAUGGGGGGGCGCCCUCCGAUGGGCUACCCGCCGUCGUCGCGCGGACGCGGGAUGCCACCUGGUGUGCGCGGUCGUGGCGCGCCUAGAGGUGGCAUGGGCGUGCCGCGAGGCGGAGCAGCGGGCGGCGGCCGCGGAGGCGCGCCGGGUAUGCGGGGUGGCAGCGUGCCCCGGGGUGUCUCCCUCGGCUCACGGGGAUCUCCCAUGCCGCGCGGGCGUGGCGUUGCCAGGGGCGGGGCACAGACACGACAGCCCCAGCCUCUGUCACUGGCUGUCCAGCAGCAGCAGUCAUACAGCGGAGCGUAUGAUGAUCCAGAAUACGUGGCUGGAUUCGGCGGUGGCGCAGCCGCGGAUCAGAGCUACGAGGAGAGUUAUGAACAGCCGGCGAGCUACCAGGAGUACACCACAACCAGCCAGGAGCAAUACUAUGACCAGACAGCAGGGCAGUACGAGGCAGCCGGAUACGGCGUUGUAGGCGGCGGCGACCAGUGGGGAGGGCCAGACGCCGCCUCCGCUGACCAAUGGGGCGGGGCUGGUAUCAGCGCUGCCGACCAGUGGGGUGGUAGCGAUGCGACGUCCAUGGGGCGAGGGGGCGCCGGCAUGGGGCGCAGCCCUGGGGUGACCCGCGGGACGAACGGGCGUGGCGGGGGCGUGGCC